AUGGGGACACAGAAUGUUGAAAUCAUCGAUUUGGACGACGACGACGAGUUUGAUGUAGCGUACAUGCCGAACAACCUCCCACGCGUCCCUAUCGCUCCUAUUGGACCCUCGAAUGCGUUCAGGGUAGGGAUAGAUGACAAUACUCGGCGUCUACUGCCGGUUCAUGCUCGCCAGCCGACAAAGGACAAGGGCAAAGGACGAGCCCGGCCUCCAGAGAUCAUUGAGCUCUCGGAUUCUGACUCGGAGAUGUUUCCAGCGAGAGAAAUACCGGCUAACACUGCGUCCUCAUCCAGGCAGCAAAAUGCCUGCUCUUCACGCGUCCAAAAUGGGGACGUCCCUCGAUCAGCGGGCUCCUCUGCAAUCAAGGUUGCCACAAAUACUAAUAUGCCAAAUAAUAUUUACCGAUCCGAAGAUACUGAGGAUAUGGACGAUCAGCUGUUCGCCACACAUGAACUACAGACUCACACGAGCGCUGAACCUGCGAUGUUGGACAAGAUUGUGUCCGCUGUAAUCGAGGUCCUACCAGAUGUCACUGUUGAUCACAUCGUAAAUCUCUACCAGUCACAAGUGGCUUCAUCGACCAAUACCGUCCUUUCUCAUUCUGUGUGUCUCCAAUCGAUUUUGACUACUCUAUUCGAUAAUCCCGACUAUCCAAAGGUCUCAGUUAGCGUGCGGCUCAAGAGAAAACGAGAGGCGGAAGAUAAUGCUGCCGGACCAUCGAAACGCCAAAGGAGAGACCAUAUUGUUCGUGUCCUCAAGAAGCUCGAUGUCGCCUCAAAGGAUCGACCUCCGAUUGUCUCUGCUGCAUAUCAAAACCUCUCUUUGUAUUGGCUCGGUGUUUACUUCCCUCGAUUGAAGAAGAAUAUUAUCAAAACUUGGUUCCUGAGUAAUAAUCGGCUGUUUGGACCCACGUUUGUUCACCUCUCACACUUGCGUCUUCAAAAUUUUCCCGGUGUCGAUCUCAAAAAGCAAGCGACGCGGCCUCUUGCACAUGGGCCACCAUGGAAGGAUGCAGAUUUUGACCGUGAAUACAACUGGUGUCAGGACUGGACACCGGACAAAAAUGGGGAGAUACAAUGGAUCGAGGAGAGCGACCCCGACGAACCCUCUAGCCGGAUGAAUGAAACAGAGGAACCAAUAGAAGCAAAGGUAGAGUCAGAAGAAUGCCCACCUGGUGCUGAAGCGGAGGAAGACAAUGCUUUGAAUGCUCAACACGCCGUUGAGGAAGCUAUGACGAAAGCACUCAUGCGCAAAUGCCCCAAGUGUGAUGCCACAUUCAUCAAAUCCGACGGAGGUGGGGCUCGUGGUGCCGUAGGUGGCUCUAAGUGUCCUCUAUGGGAUGCACCGAACGGAGGCGAUGGGACUGUCCAACUGGCCAGGCGACACCAUGAAGAGGUCACCCAAGCAAGAGAUGCAGCUCUGGCAGAAUUAAGGCGACAAAACCCUGAGCUCAAUGUGAAUGAACUCAGAGUGGACGCACCAGAACUUGGCCCCGCACGACCCGCGCAGCCCGCGCAACCCGUACAACAGCAACCUGUGCGGCAACCAUUUGUGGGAAAUCCUGACUGGUGGCGGCAAGUGGCUCCCAUCAAUCCUUUCAACGCCUUUCCCCCAUUCCUUGGAGGCUACCAGCUCAAUCUUCCAUUCGCUCCACAGCCUCAACAGGCAGUAGCUCUUCCGAACCGUCAGGAGUAUCGAUUACCACCACCACCUUAUAUUCCUCCGGUGCCUCCUAUUGCACCCGUGCUGCCAGUGGCUCCCAUAGCUCCUGUUGCUCCGGUGUUUCCAGUACCACCACUUCAACAACCUCAACUCCUGCACCAAAUUGGGAGGGCCUGCAACUGCCAGCUUUGCAGGCAACUCCGCCUGUGA